UAAUGAGACGGAAUAUCCAUGGAUCAUUACUAUAUUUUUUUUUUUGUUUUAUAAUUACUUCUUACCUGGUAGUUUUCUGCAUCGUUCAUCCUUCAUAGCUUAAAGUAUCAUCGCAAAUGGCUCCAGCUCCAAUCUCCCCAUCCAUCACCGACUUCGUCGUACAGACGAAGCAGGAUAACCAUGGACUAGAGAUCCCUCCGGCAACGAUUGCACGUCUUACCAAGGCCGGUAUUGAUUUAUCAAAGGGAUAUCCAUAUAACCCCGCUAAACCACUGUAUCUUGACGACGUGUAUAAAAUUCGUAAUCAGCCUCGCGAAUACGUGGAAGCGGGGAGCCGCGCCGACCCGGAUAAGAAGGCAUUGUUGGGCGCCGCCAAAGAAGUCAUCCAUCUCACACGCCAUAUUGGAACCGAGAUUGUCGGAUUGCAGCUUAAGGAUUUGACAAAUCAACAGCGAGAUGAAUUAGCCUUGCUCAUUGCCGAACGCAGCGUUGUCUUUUUCAGAGACCAGGAUCUAUCUCCGCAGCAGCAGAAAGAAUUAGGAGAACAUUUUGGGGAGGUGGAAGUCCACCCGCAAGUAGGGCAAGUACCCGGUGUCCCUGGAGUGACAGUUCUCUGGCCCGCUCUUCAAGCUGUAGAACGCGAACCGAACUUCCGCAAAACUGGAGGGGCGUCCGCAUGGCAUACCGACCUCGUUCACGAAAAUCAGCCUGCUGGUAUCACGCAUCUUCACAACGAUACCAUACCUAGCGUUGGUGGCGAUACACUUUGGGCGAGCGGCUAUUCUGCCUACGAGAAACUGUCUCCCUCGUUCCGAAAAUUCAUCGACGGUAAGACAGCAAUUUAUCGUUCUGCACAUACAUACCUGGAUCGUAAAAAUCCCGAGGCAGGGCCUCAAUAUAUCGAGAGAGAGCACCCGCUGGUUCGCACGCAUCCGGCGACUGGCUGGAGAGCGCUGUGGGUAAAUCGUGCCAUGACGGUAAGGAUCGUGGGCCUUGACAAGGCAGAGAGCGACUUGAUUCUGGGUUAUCUGUAUGAUGUGUACGAGCGUAACCCGGAUAUUCAAGUGCGGUUCAAAUGGAGUCCUAGAACUAGCGCAUUGUGGGACAACCGCAUAACAAUCCACAAUGCGAGCUGGGACUACGAGGGUCUCGAGCCGAGGCACGGCACGAGAGUGACCUCCUUGGCUGAGAAACCCUUCUUUGACCCCAAAUCACCGACAAGGCGACAGGCUUUGGGAUUACUUGGGCCUUCGGAGAUCAAAGAGCUUCAAGAGCAGGCUUAGUAGGCUUAUGUCUGCUAGCGAGUAUGAUUAAUAGCAUCAGGAUAAUUUCAUACUAUAAUCAAGGCCGAUAACUUGAAUGAAAAAAAAUUCAUAGAC